AGCGGAGCGGACGCUGGUGCCGGCGGGUGCGGGUCGUCGGCAGAGUCUUGGUUCGUGCAACGUGUCAGUACUCAAGAGAUAAAAAAUAAUGGUGUGAAGGACGUGUGUAUGACGGCUCUGCCUUGGAACCCUCUUUACUACUGAAUAAGCAGACCUAUGAGCUACUCGGUGCAUAAAAGAGGCUGAAGAUGCUGAGCCGUUUGUCAGGUUUAGCAAGUACUGUUUUACAAGAGCUGUCAGGUGAUGAUGGAGAUGCAGUUACUGAAUCCUCUAUUGCUGUACAAGCUUUAGAGCCAGAAACAGAAAGCAUGGAGGAGGCACCUGAGGAACUAUUGGAGCGCCUAGCCCAAACAGAAAAACUGGUUGUUCAGCUGAAGGAUUUGAUCCGAGAAAAGGAUGCUCUGCUCCAGCAAAAAGAAACUGUACUCAAGGAAGAGCGAGAGGCUGCAGAUGCUAAGCUGAUGAAGCUUAAACUUCAGGCCAAAGCCAAACUGGCCUCUCUGAACAAACGCAUUGAGGAGCUGACAGAGAAAGGAUCGCCAUUGCCUGCACAGACCUUAUCAGAAGAGCAAGCGUAUCCCAAGAAUAGCCAAAAUACAAGUGAAGGGCAUAGAGAGGAAGCCGAAGCACUAAAAGAGCAGCUCAGGGAGCGAGAGGAGACUGUUCAGGAUCUGAAGGAACAGCUGGCUCUAGCCAAAGUGAAUCUGAAAGAUGCUGAAAUCAAGUAUGCAACACAGCUGAGCUCCCUACAGGAGGUGAUUCAAGAGAAGGAAGCUCUCCUGGAAGAGCAGGUUCACCAGCACCAAGCUGAAUUGCUCAAGAUAGUGGCCCAGUCAGAUCUGGAAGUAGAGAUGCAGCAGAACCUGCGUACACUUCAGAGAAAACUAGAGGAGCAGGAAGCAGCUCUGCUAGGACGAACUCAGGUGGUAGAACUGCUGCAGCAGGAAUUACGUACUGCUGAACAACAAAACCAGACACUCCUAGAUCAGUGCCAGAAGCUGGAAGUGGAUCUAAGCUCCCUGAGGGAUGUGCUAGAUGCAGAGAGACGAGAGUCUCAGGAUCUCAGAGAGAAGAUGGAGCUGGAACUAGCUGAGAGGAAGCUGUACUCCCAUCGCUUGCAGGAGGAGGUGCAGUGUCUCUCGGAACAGCUGGAAGAGGCAAGAAGAGCACAAGCUGAAUUAGAGGUGAAGUAUAAAGACCUGGAGCAGGAACAAAGACUGGAGGUGGAAGAGAAGAACCUGCAGAUCAGUUGUCUUAAGGUGGCUGAGCAAGAGCUGCAAUCUAGCCAUGCUGCCCUUGUAGCUGAAAAUGAUCAGCUGAAACAGGAUGUUGACCGGCUGUUGGUGGCGUCUGCUGAAAACAGUGCUACAAUACAGAAACUACAGGAUGAACUUGUACAGAAAUCUCAAGAAUUUGUAUGCUGUCAGAAUGAGCUGAAAUCCCAGUCAGUAGUGCAGGUCUCUGAAUUGAAGAAACAGGAUGAAACAACUUCACAGGAAAAAAUAAUAGAUCAAGAAGAUCGGAAUGGGACUUCACUCCUACCCACAGACAACUUGGAAAGACAGAAUACUGAAGAAAUACCACACUUGCAACUUGUUCUCCAGGAGCCUCAGCAGGAAGCUGUGAUGGUCGCUGAAAAUGCGAAGCAGAAUAAGAAUGUUGGACCUGAGGUGAAAUUGCAAGACUUGCAGACUCUGGAAGCUCCAGCCUCUUAUGUAGACUGCUCCUCUACUUCUACAGGUGUGUCAGGAGAGCUGGUGAUUUCUGAAGUGCAAAAGCCUUUUGAUGACGCUUUGGUGCUCCCUGAGGCAAGAACAGAUGGCUUUCCCAAUGGAAGCGAGCAGUUUACUGAGGAAAGUUGUCCGCCUGGCAUUCUAGAAUAUCUUGCUGCAGAGAAACAGAAAGAGCUGUCAGUUUUGCUGCUGGAACUGAAAGAAGCCCAGGAAGAAAUAACUUUUCUGAAAAGGCAGCUCAAGGGCCCAAACGGCCAAACUUCUACAGGUAACCAAACAGGAGAAGCAGCUAACCAGCUGGAAGAUAAUUCCCAGAUACAGUUUCUUGAGAGGGAAGAGCAAAAGGCUUCAGAUGCACAAAAUGAGUUGGGCAGUAGCUCAUUGCUGAGAAAAAUAGAAAUGCAGCAAAUUGGUGUGCUUCAGGAAAACAGAAUCAGUCUUCAGGAAGUUCCCCAGGGGAACACUGUCCCCUGCAGAGGGGAGAUGGAGGCAAUGCAAGAAGUCUCUGCAGCAGAUCCAGAGCCUGGCACCUCUCAAUCUCAAGAACUGAUAAAGUUACAAAACCGAAUUACAGAACUGCAAAUAAUUCUGCAGAAAUCAGAAGAAUCCUAUAAGAAAGAUCUAGGAGAAAAAGGUGCAGAAAUAAAUAGGCUAAACCAGUUGGCUGAGGAGUACAGAAAAAAAAUAGAGGAUUCUGACAGUGCAUUCUGUGUUUUGACUGAAGAACGAGAUCAGCUCCUGUGUCAGAUGAAGGAACUUUCUACCAUAACAGAACUGAAAGAGCAAGUGAAGCAACUUGAGGAAAACCUAGCUCUUUCAGAAAAGCAGAGACUGUCAGACAGUCAAAGCAGUCUUCUGAGAGAACAAAUCCAGAGCCUUAAAAAUGAAUUUAAAUCCAAGGAGAUAAAAAUUGAAGCUUUGCAAAAAGACCUGGAUGAAGCGCACCUUCAGCUUUCUGACCAGGACGUGCAACUAAAAGAUCUGAGAAGCCAGAUCGAGAAGAAAGAAUGUGAAGUACUUGAUCUAGAACAACUUUUGAGGAAGAAUACAGCUGAGAUAGAAGAGCUUUCCCAAAACUUAGCCUCAAAGGGACGUGAAGCAGCAAGACUAGAACAGCUUGUUGCUGAACGUACCAGGUCCAUAGAGAGCCUGCAACAAACCUUGCUGGAGAAAGACCAACAGAUGACAGAGAUCAGUGUCAGCAUGUCUGAGAAAAUGGUCCUGCUGAAUGAAGAGAAAUUUUCUCUAGGAAAUGAGCUGAAGAGUCUUAAAGAGCAAACAAGUCUAUUAUUAAAAGCCCAGGAAGAAAAUGACCAAAACAUAGAAGCAAAAGAUAUAUAUCUGAAAUGUGGGGCAUCUGAGCAGCAGUAUGAGACAGAGGCAGCAUGUAAAGAAAGUGAGGUAUUAGUAAAUAAACUUGAACUUCUGAAAAAAGAAAACAAGCAAGUAAAGCGGAAGCUGCAAGCAGCACUUGUUAACAGGAAGGAGCUUCUGAAGAAGGUUAGCAAAUUGGAGAAUGAAUUAGUACAAUUGAGAAGAGAACAUGAAUCGGAAACCUCAGUGGCUCAAGAAGCUGAAGGGGAAGAAAAUAUGACAAGUGUGAUAAGCAGAGAAGUGAAUCUUGAAAGCCAGCCCAGUGAGGUGUAUCUAAUUCAACUGCUUUCUGAAAAGGAAUCUGAGUUGCAGAGCAUCCGGAAGGACCUGCUGGAUAAAGAAACUACUGAAGCACAAUUGCAGGCAGUGAUUGAGGAAAUGAGGCGAAGCUUGCAAGGUAAGACAAACAUUGUUUCAAUUCAAGAUGAAAUCAUGGAGAGUAAGACAAUUGCUGACAAAGUAACGGAAACCAAUAAAAGUCCAAAAGAUUAUGAAGAAAGUGAAAAAAAUAGUUCAGCAGCUACAAAUCUUGAAGAAAACCAAGAGUCUGCUCUGAAAGAGAGGAUUUCAACUCUUGAACAAGAAAAAGAACAACUUCAAAAAAAACUUCAGGAAGCCCUGGUAUCUCGCAAAGACACUAUAAAAAAGGCUCAAGAAAAAGACAGGCACCACAGAGAACAGCUGAAACAGCAGAAAGAUGAUUACAACAGCCUACAAGAACAAUUUGAUAAGCAAAGCAAAGAGAAGGAGAGCAUCCAAGCUCAGCUCAGACAACUCCAAGAACAGAAAGGAUCAACAGAGAGUGUUCUUGGGAAUCAAGGUGGGUUGGAUUCUUCAUGCAUGGAAGCAGAAAGUACAACAAAUAAGAAGCUUGUACAAGUUGCAGAUGUUUCUGGGGAAGAGUUUGAGAAAAAACUUGAAAAAUUGCAGAUGGAGAAAGAGGAAUUGGAAUAUAACAUUAGCCAUAUGCAAAGUGAACUUGCUUGCAAAUCAGAAUUAGUCUUUCAUUUGCAAGAGCACAUAGCACAGUUGUUUCUGGAGAUAGAAGAACUGAAGAGAACCUCUGACCAAGCUGAAGCUAAGGCAGCAAGUCUUCAGACAGAAUUGGAGGAGAGUCGAGCAAAAAUUUCUAGAGAGGGCAGUCAGGAAGACCUGAAAACACUUAUGCACCAAAAAAAUAAAGAAAUGGAAUUUCUUAACUUGCAGUUAAGGGAGAAAAGUGAAGCUCUCAAUAAUGUGCAGGCACAGUUGCUGGAAAAAGAGGAUUCAGUCAAGAGACUAUGUAGUCAGUUGGAAACUCAAGCUCAGGUACAUGAGGAACAAAGCAAGCGACUGCAAACAGAGUUGCUUGAAAUUCAGGAGAAGCAAGAUGACGGUGCAGAAGCAGCUAAACAGAAGAAUCAAAUGCAGAGAAAGUUGCAAGCUGCACUUAUCUCUAGAAAAGAGGCACUAAAGGAGAGCAAAUCUCUAAAAGAGGAGCUGGCUAAUGCUAAAACUACUAUUGAAAAUCUUUGUGUCAAGUUGAUAAAUAUGGAAAGCCAAAUAUGUGGCCAUGUUAAAGAAACAGAUACUUUAACAGAAAAGUUAGCGGGCCUUACUGAAGAGCGAGAAAAACUUAUUGCAGAAGUUGAUAAAGUACUUACAGAAAAUCAGAAUCUUGAUGGAUGCUGUAAAAACCUGACACUUACUCUAGAUAGAGUUGUUCUAGAGAAGGAGAAGCUGGAGAAGGAGAUGGAAUCCUUGAAAUGCUUUCAAGCUGCUGAGAGUUCUGAGUGGCAUGAGAAAUACAGGGAGCUUCAGAAAGAAUAUGAAACUCUCCUGCAGUCAUAUGAGAAUGUGAGUAAUGAGGCUGAGCGGAUUCAGCGUGUUUUGGAAACUGUUAGGCAGGAAAAGCAGGAAAUUUUCAUUAAGCUGAAAAGUGUUGAAGCAAAAAAAGAGGAAACAGAUAAGCAGCUACAGGAAGCUGGACAGGAAAUUGAUGGAAUGAAGGAGAAAAUGAGGAAAUUUGCAAAAUCAAAGCAACAAAAGAUCCUGCAACUAGAGGAGGAGAAUGAGAAGCUUAGAGCAGACAUGCGUUUUCCAGAUGGAGAGCUACACAGGACUGGAGAUGUCUUUACAAAUACUAGCCUGAAAGAAGAUCUGGAGAGCUCUAGGAGGGAUUACCAGUCUCUUUCUACUCAGCUUGAGACAGUAAUGGCUGAAAAGGAGUCUCUUAAUCAAGAGAUCACAGACUUAAAGUGUCAUUUGCAGUUAACAGAAUCUAAGCUGAAGGAAAGCAGAGAACUGGUAGACAAGUAUGUUGCUCAGAAGACAACAGGGGAAGAAACAAAUCAGGCAGUUGCCACACCACCAGCAAUGGAGAGGACUGAAAAUCAAGUGAACAUAUGUUUUAGACCAGAGUCUCCUACUGCAGAGCUGGAACAAAAAGCAUUUGAAGGUAGUAGCCCUUGUGAAGAUCUUGGUACCUAUAUACAGCAGAUAGCUGAGCUCACAGAGCGAAUCACAGAACUAGAAGAUAAUAGGAGGGCUUCAGAGCAACAGCUGGGUGACAUCCGUAUGUGUGUUGAGACUUUAGCAGGUGAGAAAAGGGCUUUAGAGACCCAAAUGGAACAGAAAGUCCAUGAAUUGAACGCUCUUCAGGACACAGUAGCAAAGAUGGAACAAACGGUCCAAAAAACCAAAGACGACCUCGUCAGGAUGACAGAACUGAAGGACACGCUAGAGGCUGAGAAGGAUGAUUUGGAAGAAAGGCUCAUGAAUCAGCUGGCAGAACUUAAUGGGAGUAUUGGAAACUAUCAGCAAGAUGCAACAGACUUCCAGAUCAAAAAUGAGCAACUGAAACAGGAGCUUCAGAGUUUGCAGAGAAUGAUGCAUGAACUGGAGGAGGAGAAAUGUCAGAUGGCAAAGGAGAAAAGUAAAGCAAGUUCAGAAAAGCAAAAGGAAUUUGUAGAAAAGCUAAAAAGCAGUUGGAGGGGCGACAGCAGCACACAUGUAAAGGAGCUUCAGGAAUUGCUGAAACAGAAACAGCAGGAGAUUAAGCAGCUGCAGAAGGACUGUAUUAAAAGCCAGGAAAAGAACAGCAGUUUAGAAAGAACUGUUAAAGGUCUGGAAUUUCUGCAGAGUGAGUCUCAGAAGGAGGUAGAAGCAGCCAAAGAGACUUUAGCUAAAGCAGUUGAAGACACCAAGAAAGCCCAAGCAGAGCUUGCUCUCUGCAGAGUAGUACUGGAUGACACCCAGAGUGAGGCAGCAAGGGUUCUAGCAGAGAGUGUCAGAGUGAAAGAAGAGUUGCAGGCAAACAAAGAGAAUAUUAAAAUUCAAAUGAAGAAAAAAGAUGAGGACUUUGAGAGAAGACUGGAACAGGAAAAAGACAAGCACUCAAAGGAAAUUAAAAACAUGGAAGAAAAGCUGGCAACUUUGCAGAGGGAGAAAGACUAUAUGGAAACAACUGUUGGUGAUCUUCAAGACUCCUUGAAGACAAAGGAUCAAGAAGCCAAGCAAUUGGAAGGCAACCUAAACAAAACACUAGCCCAGCUUGCAGCCUUCACCAGGAGCAUGUCUUCCCUUCAGGAUGACAGGGAUAGAGUGAUAGAUGAAUCAAAAACAUGGGAGAAGAAAUUCACUGAAACUAUUCAAAAGAAGGAGGAAGAAAUACGUUCAAAAGAGGAAACUUGUGUUGUGCUAAAGGACCAAAUGAAGCAGAUGACCAUACAUGUGGAAGAACUUCAGACUCAUAUAUCCAGGCUGGAAUGCAACAAGAAAGACUGGGAGUCUGAAUCCAGGAAGGAGAUUCAGCAUCAUCAAAAGACAUGUGAAAUGUUGCAGGAGGAAAAAAAGGAGCUUUUGACUCAGCUUGAAGGGUCUCAGGAACUGUACAGAAAGUCUCAGAAUGAACAGCAGAAACUGGAGUCAGAAAUCAGCAGCCUGAGAGACCAGCUUGCUGACUUACAGAAUUCCUUCACCAAAUGUGAACUGGUCAGAGAAGAGCUGCGGAGUAUGGUCAAGCAACAAGAGACCAGUAUCCAGAAUUUUAAAUUCAGCUGUGAACAGCUUGAGGCUGAUCUGCAAGCUUCCAAGGACCUAACAAAUAAACUGCAUGAAGAAACUAGUGCCAAGGAUCAAAAGAUCAUUAGUUUGCUGUCUGCCAAGGAAGAAGCAGUUAUGGCUGCUCUAUCUGAAUUACAGCAGCAACAUUCUGAAGAGAUGAAGGAGUUGGCACAUAGGCUAAGUAAGGAGGAAGAAGAUAAAAAAGCCUUGGAAAAUGAGAAGAACAAAUUUCUUGACAACCUUGAUCGUCUCACUGAAAAGAUGAAGAUAAGCAGAGAAGAAAGUAAGCAGCAGAAGGCACAACUGGACUCCUUCACCAAGUCCAUGUCAUCUUUGCAAGAUGACAGAGACCGCAUACUGAGAGACUACAAGCAGCUUGAGGAGCGUCAUCUUGUUAUAAUCUUGGAAAAAGACCAGCUAAUUCAAGAGGCUGCUGCUGAAAACAAUAAGCUCAAGGAAGAAAUCAGAAGUUUUCAUAGCCAGAUGGAUGACCUCAACUCUGAGAAUGCCAAGCUGAAUGCAGAGUUGGUGCGGUAUAGAGAAGACCUGAACCAAGUGAUUUCAAUAAAGGACUCCCAACAGAAACAACUUCUCAAAACACAGCUUCAGCGGAUCCAAACUCUGGAAAAGGAGAAGGCAAUCAUAGAAACACAACUGAAAGAGUCCAAGCAUACUCAGGAUGAUCUCAGGGAGUGCAUGGAAGCCUUGAGAGAGGAUAAAGUCAGUAUGUCUCAAGAGAUCGAAACCCUUACAUCCUCUCUGUCUCGGGUGCAGAGUGAGAUGACAGCAUUAUGUGAGGGGGGUCCUAUCAUGGAGUGUCAAGCACAACUGAAGGCCCGAGAGGAAGAGGCACAAGAACUGAGUCAUAAGCUUUCCCUCUCACAGAAAAGGAUAACAGAACUUGAGGGGGAACUAGUAUGUGUUCAAAGGGAUGCAGCCAAGAGAGUGGGAGAGGCUGAGGACAGGCUUCGAAAGGAAUUGAAGCACCUACAUCAUGAUGCAGGCAUAAUGAGGAAUGAAACAGAAACAGCAGAAGAGAGAGUAGCAGAGUUGGCACGGGACUUGAUGGAAAUGGAACAGAAAUUUCUUGCAGUCACAGAUGAAAACAAAGAUCUCAGAGCUCAAAUUCAGUCUUUUGGGAAGUCCAUGAGCUCUCUUCAGGAUAGCUGGGACCAAGCCAAUGAAGAGCUUCAUGUUUUGAAACAGAAAUACUCUGCAGACUUAGAGGAACAAAAGAGUCUAGUGCAGAAUCUUCAGAAACAGAUGGUUCAGCUACAAGAGGAGCAACAUUCCACUGCCAGGGACCGAGAUACAGUGAGGUCUGAGCUGACAGAACUGCAGAAAGCCACUGAUGAAAGAGGUCUCUUGGCCCAGAUUGAGAAACUUAAUCAGAAGCUCAGAGCCAAAGAUGAUGAGCUUCUCCAUUUGUCUUCAGAACUGGAAGGCUCUUCCAACCAAGUCAAAUCUUUCUCCAAGGCUAUGGCAAGCCUGCAGAAUGAGCGAGACCAUCUGCUGAAUGAAUUGGGCAGAACACGUAAGAUUGAAGAAGUGAAGCAACAAGCAGAAGGGAGCACUUCCACCACUCUUUCAGAAGUGCAGAGCCUUAAGAACGCACUGUCCUCCUUGCAGAAUGAUAGAGACAGAGUAGUAAGAGAGCUGAAGAAUCUGCAGCAGCAAUACAUACUAGUCGGGGUAGAAUCAGCUGAAAAUUCUAGCUUAAAAGCACAACUGCAGGAAUAUCAGCAAGAUGCAGAUAAACAGCACCGUCUCCAAGAACAGCUGAAGCAAGAAAGUAUUUACUACCAGCAGGAGCUCCAACAGCUUAGACAAGAGAAGACGGCCUGGGAAAAGCAGAACAGCAGCAUAAAGGAGCAGUACCUGAUGGUCAUAGCAGAAAAAGACAAGCAACUGAGCCAUUUACAAAGGAUCACACAAGAAAUGAGACUGCCCCUCAGCAAGUCUCAAAUUGGAGAGGAGCACUACCAAACGAAGAUUUCUUCAGAAGUUCUGAGAGGGGACUUCUCGAGCCUAGAAACAGAGACAAAGCAUCUCCAGGCCCAGCUAAGUGACAGUCUGAAAGAACUGCACCAAAAAGAGCUCAGAAUUCAGCAGUUAAACAGCAAGCUAUCUCAGGUUUUUGAGGAGAAAAAUGCCCUCUCUCUCCAGCUGCGUGGUAGCAGUCGGAACAUCUGUGAGAGCCAUCAGCACUACAAUGAGGUUCUGAACCGCUGCUUGGUGCUUGAGAGGCAGCUCCAGGAGCUGCAGUCUGCAGACAAGGGCAUGGAGUUGUUUGCAACAGAUGCUGCUCCAGGAGCACCCCAAGAAAAGAAUGAGCCUCAGAGAGGCAGUUACACACCAGAACUGCAGGAGUUGCAGCUGAGGUUGUCUGAAACAGAACAUUUACAUAGCAGCACAAAGCAGGAUCUGAGGUAUUUAGAGGAGCAGCUGGAGGAAGAACGGGACCGUCGUCUUGCUGUAGAAGAGGCGCUCUCUGCAGCACAGGAUCAGCUCAGGAGGUUGCAGUCAAGUGAGUGGACGUCUUCCUUAAGUGCUAGCAUUGAUAUGACUCCAGGUCAUGAGCAUUCCUUGCUGAUUGACUCCAUGGAUAAAAAUUUCAGCAAAACUCGGAAUAUCCUUGGACUACGACGCCUGUUACGCUCUCUCUUCCGUUCCCGGACCCACUUGCCUCUGCUAGUGGCCAUGUAUCUGCUUGCUCUCCAUGUCCUGCUCUUUCUGUGCUUUACAGGCCACCUAUGAACAGGAACAGCCGCCUUUUCUUGAGCCACAGCCCUCUGUGUAAUGAGGGCCUGCAUUCCCUAUCGGUAGGGUAGCACUUCACCCAGCUGCCUUCUUUUUCCAAAUCAGCCCUUAAGAGGCAGCUGUACCCAGCAACUUGCACCUAGGUUGCUUGCUGUCUAAGUGUGCAGCAGCCAGUGCUGAUGCUUGGGAUCUGUUUCCAGGACAUCGGCCAUUCCUUCAGUGUUUUUAAAUGAGUGGUACGUUUUCUGAGCCAGGGUCCUCACGUUACAAGCCUCAAGGACAGCAUCUGUUCCUGUACCUGGAGGUAGCACCACUCAUUUUAUAAAGUAUUGUGCUGUGGUAGGAAUAAGAAAAAUAUUCCUGAGUUGCUGCAGUACUUCAACACUUCUAGGAACUGCAGGAUCUUCCCCCUCUUAGACUGAAUCAGUGAGUUGGGUUGGGGAAACCCUGUAGCUAGAUAUAAGAAAGAGAAGCUUCUUCCCUUUCUUCCAUCCCUUAGAUGUGGUCCGUGGCUCAGUGCUGUUUGAAAUGCAUAUCCUAAGGAAGUUGUGGACACUUCAAGGAACAUGAAUUGAAUUUCAAAAUCGUAUUUCCUGCUCAGUUGCAUCUCCUGUUGAAGAAAGGGCCAAAAUUAGUAUAUCUGGACCUGCUGAGCAUUCCAUUUAAAAACAGUCAUAUGUCUGCCCUGACAAGCCUGUAAAAUAAUGUCAGUAAUUUAGUUAUUGAAAAGGAAUAGGAAACAUGAAACUUUUUAGCUCUAAGUUAAUAACCUUGCUGUUUAUAGCAUUUGUGCACCUCUCACAAUGGAAGGUGCUUGCAUACCUCUUGAAAUGAGAGCAACUAUGCUCCUGCAUUCUUGUCCACUGAACCCUUGUCAGAAGCUUAAACCUGUACAGGCUGUGUUGAAGGGUUCUGUAAUGUGGUAUGUGGGCCCAAAUCAAAGGCAGAAGCUCCAGAAAUAAACUGUCCCGCCUAUGCUGAGGAAGGGACUAGAGUUCUGAAACCUUCUGGCACCUCUGCUUUAGGAAAAGCCUGUUGUAGAAAGCUAGUGCUGGUCAUUGGACUUGUUUGAAUCUAAAGCAAACUGAUGCAAAUGGACUUGAUCUUAUAGGAUAUAUGGAAAGCUGUGUUUUCUAAAGAACUCCUGAAUAUUUCCUGGAAUUGAGAUUGCCCCCUUCCAAAGGGAGAAUGCUGAAUGCAAAGAAGAUAGUUCCAGUUGAGUUCCCUGUCAGAGAUCAAGCGGUCGUUCUGUUCAGAGUACUUGUCAGAAGGAUUGUAUCUGCCUCUUGCUAGAGUAUUGACAGUCAUGUUUUUCCCAUGGGAAAGAGGUAGUAGUUCUUUUGAUAUUGCUAGUAAACCAAGAUUCUCUAGCCAGUGAACAAAGCCUGUUUGAGGAUGGAUUGAUUUCAUCAUGGUAGCUAAAAUAACUGGAUGUCUGGCAGGUCCAGAACAUUGGCACUAUAUAUCCAUUUGUGCACUACCCUUGAUUAUCUUUGUGGACUUCCUCAACUAUAUAAAAUUCAGUGACCAAAUAGUUUGCGUAUAGCUUCCUGGGGCAUGUGCUCUUGUAUAUAUAAUAAAGAUUAUUUUUCAGAUGGAA